AUGGAACAAUAUAUAAUAAGACACCCCCAAGGUUGUGCGAGAGCGGGGGAGGAUGAGCAACCUACAGGAUUGGUAACACCGGAAACAACACAGGAACGAACAACGACUACGAAUUUGAACAACGGAAAUGUAUGCAUCUGUGGGAAAGUUUGCAAGAACCAACGAGGUCUGAAGAUACAUAUGGGAAAGAUGAAAUGCAAGCCAAAUCGGAGCAUAACACAACGCACAGGGCAACCUGGUGAGACGGAGGAGGAGGUGGUUCAGGAUACAAACCACAGCGACCACAGCCUCCAUGUGUUGUACAAUGAGGAGGACAGCAUGGUAGAGGGGAAUCAACAGGAAAAGGAGGGCUUAGACAACAACAGACAGCCACAAGAGCCAAAAAGAACACCAGACACAAGUGAGAACAUAAGAAGAAAGAAAGUAAAAUGGCCCAACAAUAAAAGUAAAAGUGAAUGGCAACAGUUUGAUGAGGAUGUGGAUGCAAUUUUGAACACAACAUUGGCAGGUAACAUAGACAGGAAGAUAGAAUCAAUGACAUCAUUUAUUUACAACAUAGGUAUGGACAGAUUUGGUGCAGAUGAGAAAGAGGUGGUGAGGCGAGAGGGUCAAAAGAACAGAAGAGAAUCCAAAAUAGCAAAGAUGAGGAAAGAACUAAGGCAACUUAAGAAAAGAUAUAAUCAGGCAUCAGAGGAUGAAAAACCAGCAUUAUCUGAGCUGAGGGACACCAUCAGGAAGAAACUCAAGAUCACAAGGAGAGCAGAGAGAACUAGGAAAAGGAGGAAAAAGAGAGAGAAAGCAAGAGCUCAAUUUACAUCAGAUCCUUUCCAAUUUACAUCAAGAUUGUUGGGGAAGAAAGGAUCAGGACAACUAAAAGCUAGUAAAGAGGAAGUAGAAGAAUAUUUAAGAGAAAUGCACAGUGAUCCAAAAAGGGAAGAUGAACUCCCAGAUAUAGAACAACUUAUACGCCCGGAGGAUCCAGAGCAGGUUUUUGAUGAAUCACCACCAAAGUUGAAAGAGGUAGUAGAUGUUAUCAAGAAAGGAAGGGCAGCAUCAGCACCAGGUCCAAAUGGAGUACCAUAUAAGGUAUACAAGAACUGUCAGAGAAUUACAAGACGUCUAUGGAAGUUAAUAAGAGUCAUCUGGAGAAGAGGUCGACUAGCAGAGAGUUGGCACAAGGCAGAAGGGUGCUUUAUACCAAAGGAAGAGAAGUCAGAGACAUUAAAACAGUUUAGAACCAUCUCACUGUUAAAUGUAGAAGGAAAGAUAUUUCUUGCUAUUCUUGCUAAAAGGAUGACAAACUACAUGCUGAGCAACGAGUACAUUGACAUUGCAGUACAGAAAGGAGGGGUACCAGGUGUAUCAGGCUGCAUUGAACAUACAAGCGUAUUAUCACAGAUAAUCCGAGAAGCGAAAGAUUCAAAGGGAGAGCUCGCAGUUGUCUGGCUGGAUUUAGCGAAUGCAUAUGGGACAGUACCACACAAGUUAGUUGAGUUGAUGCUGGAGAGAUACCAUGUACCUUACGGUGUAAGAGAGCUGAUAAGAGAGUACUUCAACCAUCUGCAGCUGAGAUUUACCGUUGGGGAUUUUACAACAUCAUGGCAACGUUUAGAAGUGGGAAUAGUGACAGGAUGCACGAUAUCUGUCAUCCUUUUCUCCGCAGCAAUGAAUAUGAUUGUGAAGUCAGUAGAGAAGAAGAGCAGAGGUCCAUGGAUGAAGUCAGGAGUACGGCAACCACCAGGAAGAGCAUUCAUGGAUGAUAUGACAAUAAGCACAAAGACAGUUAUCGAAGCCAGGUGGACACUACAAGAGCUUGAUAAGAUGAUCACCUGGGCAAGAAUGAAAGUGAAGCCUAGCAAAUCCAGAAGUUUGGUAGUGAAGAAUGGUAAAGUCAAGGAGGAAAGGUUUAAAAUAGGAGACGAAAUAAUACCAACAGUCUCAGAGAAGCCAGUUAAGUGUCUCGGAAAAUGGUUCAACAACACCUUGUCAGAUAAGUUGAAUGUGGAAGAUACAUAUAAGCAGUUGGACGACUGGUUAAAGGCAGUAGAUAAGAGUGGACUACCAGGAAAGUACAAGGCAUGGAUCUACCAGCAUGGGAUAUUGCCUCGGCUGCUGUGGCCACUUCUUGUGUAUGAUGUACCAAUGACAACGGUAGAGGGAAUGGAAAGAAUAUCAAACAGUUAUUCACGUAGAUGGCUUGGAGUACCACGCAGUUUCAGCAGUGUGGGCCUAUACAGUUUAGGAACCAAGUUACAGCUACCACUCAAGUCAAUCACUGAGGAAUUCAAGGUGACCAAGGUUAGACAACAUCUGACGUUAAAAAACAGCAGGGAUGAGAAAGUACGAUCAGCAAAAGUAGAAAUAAGAACUGGAAGGAAGUGGUCAACAAAGAAGACGAUAGAAGAUGCUGAGUCACGAUUAAAACACAGUGAGAUAGUGGGCAGAGUUGCAGUUGGAAGACAGGGGCUGGAUGUUACACCUACAGCAAAAUGGAGAACAGCAACAGUGGAAAAAAAGACAUCUGGUACAGAAAGAGGUACGAUCAAUGGAAGAAGAAAGUAG